AUGGCAGCAGAAGAAGAAAAAGAUAGGGAAAGAGCUGCCCAACUGCAGCAAAAACAGCUAGCAGCAGCAGCUAUAGCUUCAAGCCAAAGCUGGCUCUACUACUAUCCCUGCCUUUCUAUUCUUAUCUGUGCAACUCAUGGCUACGCUGUAGCCGACCUGCCAAGUCAUCUAUUAAAGCAGCAUACCGACCUUAGCUGGCCUAUACGCCAGGCUCUUGCUAAGCACUAUAGCCAACAGAACCUCAGCGGCUCUGGCUGGCGGCAGCAGCUACUGCACAAGAGGCCGGAAGGUAGCCAGCAAGGCCAGGAUCAAGACCUAGAAGAGGCAGCAGUAGCCCCCUUUGCCGGGCUCCCUAUCCACUACGCAUUCCGAUGCCGCAGAUGCCCCAGCUUUCUAACGGUUAACUGGAAGCUCUGCAAAACACACUGCAGCCAGCUCCACGCAGCCGGCAGCGAGCAGGCCCGAGCAGGCCUCUGGUAUCAGGCUCCGGCCCAAACCUUCUUUACACAGCCAGCUAGGCGCUCCUACUUUCCUGUUAACCUGACUGCUGCUGCAAUAGCCCCAAGCUCAAGCUUAAGUUCAAGCUCCUUCAGCCCAAGCCCGAGCUGCAGUAUGGAGCCCAGCCUGCCAGCACCGCUAAGAGCCGGCAAUGCUGAGAAUGGAGCAGAGGCACAGCAGAGGCAGCAGCAGACAGCUCAGCUUGUAGCAACUAUUCAGCAGCAGUGGGAGCACGAGCAGGGCGAGCAGCAGGAAAAGCUGCUCCAGAUGGCUGAAGGCAGCAUAUACAAGCAUGAGAUCACCAACUGGCUGCGGCGCACCGGCUGGGUUGAUCACUUUGGCUGCCGAGACCUAGGCCGAAUCCACGCCGCCAGCCGGAUGCCGCAGCAAGCAGACGAGCCGGACCUACAGAUGCUUGUUGAAGCCCUAGACCGGGUCUUCUUCCGCCGCUGCAUCGCCGGCCUCGGGGCGCUGCCGCACAUCGGCCGGCUCUACCUGGCCAGCCCCCACCUGCAGGAGACUCACAGCCGGCCCUUUGGGCCCCUGCAGGAAAAGGACAGCAUGGAUCGAUAUCUGCGCUAUAGCAAGCGCUUUCUCUGCUACUGCCUACGGGUUCGGACGCUUGAGCCGGCCGAGCUAGCCACACAGCACGCUCUUAUUCUUACCCCAAUGCAGCGAGGCCAGCUUGCAAGGCUUGCCCGUCGGCUCGAGCAGGCCGUGGCGGCAGGCUGCAGCUAUAGUAGCGGCAACAACAGCGAUGAGGACGAGGACGAUGAGGGCGGCUGUAGUAACAGUCAUGACAAUAGCAAGAUAAGAGCCCAGGUUGAAGAAGAGGUCCUACAGGCUUUAGCCAGCUUUUGGAUGCAGCGCCUUCCUGCCGACCCCUUUGCGAGCCCGCUGUGGCACUUUGUCGCCGUCCUGGGGAUCAACAAGCAAACCGGGCAGCUGCAGCCGGCCCAUCUAUUUACAGGCACUCUAGCCGGCCUCGUAUAUACAGGCCGAGCUGUUGUAGCCGAGGCGGCGAUCCCCAGCAGCCAGCGGGCGGCACUGACAGAUCUGCCCGAGCAACUGCAUGCAGCAAGAGAGAGCUGGCUAUGUAAGACCAGCUUUGCACCAAUGGGCUAUAUCUUGAGCCUGCUGCUCUACGGUCGGAAGAUUGCAAUGGAGACCGGCAGCCGGCUUGCAGUCUUGUGGAAUGCUGAAGGAACCCUGCUUUACUACCACGGUCAGCCUCUUGCAAUAGAUAGCAUCCGGCAGCUAGUGGCCAGAAUGACGGCAGAUGCUGAAGAUCUUCUAUGGGAAAGACUGCUAUUCCGGCCCUCCAGCAGCAGCAGCUGCAAUACGGCAGCAGGGCCAGCCGGGCCCUAUAUACAGCAGACAGCCGGGCUUGAAGCUCGAGGCCGCUUUCUCAUCCCUCUAGCAGCUAUUCGCGACGAUCUGACCCAGACCCAGCGCGGCCAAUCCUUUAUGCAUACCAACGGCCUGCUGGGGCGGGAAAAGGAAAUACUCCAGAGCCUUGUGGCAGGCCCGCUGCAGAAGGAGUUCCUCGACAGCAAGGGCGAGUGGAAAUGGCCCCGGGUCCAGCGGUAUUUACAGCAGGUCAAGCACUUCCAAGAGCUGCUAUUAGUCCUCAUCCAUCUAACCAACCAGCCUCUUCGAGGGCCGGAAAUCACCGGGCUGCAGCUCGUCAACGGCAUCAAUCGGAACUGCAGCGUAUUUAUCAUCGACGGCAAGGUCGUCUUAGUCAGCCAGUAUCACAAAUCCCUUGCCCACUUCAACAGCCCUAAGGUUAUCCCUCGGAUGCUGCCGGGCCGGGUUGGGCAGCUUCUAGUAAUAUAUAUACUUUACAUCCAGCCCUUUACAAACCGGCUCGAGAGCAGCCGGCUAGCCCUCCGCGAUAAGGUCUAUCUACCGAGCAACUUUAUCUGGCAUCAGCACGAAAAGCCCGGCACGGGGCUUGACGUCUCAGGCCUCGUGCAUGUAAUCCACCUCGAUAUCCCCUACUCUGUCCUCAGCUAUGCUCAGGAGGUCGGGCGGGCCGGGCGGGCUGGCGAGCCGGUGUUGGCCGAGGUUGUUGUCGAGGAGAGAAACUGGCCGCUGGGGAACCCGCAGCAGGAGGCCUAUUGGGAUGAGGAAAGGCAGGAAAUCGGCAGCUUGAUCUGGACCCCAGGAUGCCGGCGGUAUAUCCUAGGCCGGCAUCUAGAUGGGGAUUAUCGCAGCUGCCGCGCCAUCAGCCCUAAGGCCGCCCUCUACGACAACUGCCAGCGGCAGGGCAAGCCUCCCGCUCUUGGGCCGGCUCUGCUACAAGCCCGAGGCCGGCAAAGCAGCCGGGACCUGGCCGAGAUCGAGGCUGCGCUCGAGGAAAUCGACGGCCUCGCACGGGGCCUGGGGCUAGGCAAGCAAGGCUGGAAGCAAGGCUGGAAGGCAAUUCAAGUAUAG